AUUCCCUUUAAAGGACUCAUCUCAUACCUGAGCUUUUAUUCUUCCGGUUCAAUCAAAAUCAUCUCUAACGAUCUUGUUUAUUUUUCGUUAUUAUUAUUCUCAUAAAAAAGCUAGAAACCAUGAAGCUUGACUUUAGUGGACUAGAAUCGGGUGCACCACUAUAUGGAGGAAGUAACGACUUGAUGUCUGACGGGUUUACUGAUGCUCCUGCUUUUGACCUUCCGGUUACAUCAGACUUUGAUGGAUUCCAGAAGAAUUCUAUUCAAAUGGUAAAGCCUGCAAAGGGAACGACAACCUUAGCUUUUAUCUUUAAGGAUGGUGUGAUGGUUGCCGCUGAUUCCCGAGCUAGCAUGGGAGGCUAUAUCUCAUCUCAAUCUGUGAAGAAAAUCAUUGAAAUUAAUCCAUAUAUGUUGGGCACAAUGGCUGGUGGAGCUGCUGAUUGCCAAUUCUGGCAUAGAAAUCUUGGCAUCAAGUGUCGUUUGCACGAGUUGGCAAACAAGAGAAGGAUUUCAGUGACUGGUGCUUCAAAGUUGCUGGCAAAUAUCCUUUAUUCUUACCGUGGAAUGGGCUUGUCCGUCGGGACAAUGAUUGCAGGAUGGGAUGAGAAGGGCCCCGGUCUAUAUUAUGUAGACAGUGAAGGAGGACGCCUUAAGGGCACAAAAUUCUCAGUUGGGUCUGGUUCACCAUAUGCUUAUGGCGUGUUAGAUAGCGGGUACAACUAUGAAAUGUCUAUCACUGAAGCUGCUGAAUUGGCUAGGAGAGCCAUAUAUCACGCAACAUUCCGUGAUGGUGCUAGUGGUGGUGUUGCUAGCGUUUAUCAUGUGGGACCAACUGGAUGGACAAAGUUAUCGGGUGAUGAUGUUGGUGAACUUCACUACUCAUACUACCCCGUUGAACCAGGCGUUGUCGAACAAGAAAUGACGGAAGCUGUAUCUGCCUGAAUGGAAAUGCUGAUUGUUGGUUGUGUGUUAAGAAAACUGUCAGAGCAGAAUGUACUUUUGUUAUGACUUUAAAUGUUCAAAUGACAUUAUGUGGCUUUUUCAUGUUACUAGAGGCUGACUUUCUUGUUGUUUCUUCACCCUAAACAUUAUGCAUUUUUUAGCACUAUGAAUCUACUAGUUGCCCUGUUA